GUGGCUGGCAAUGGAAGGAGACAGAAUGAGAUAAUGUUUGAAUGAAGACUCAGCAUCUCCAACUGCAUUGAAAAAAAAUUAUUAGAGGUGAUCAAAGAGCAGCAAAGAAUAAAACGUAUAGAAAGGACAAGAUAGUAUUUUGACGAUCAAACCUGAACAAAUUGGUUACUUGAUAAAAGAGUGGAGUUGUCUAUUUUUGUUUGGAAGAACCAAUAAAAGGUAAAAUGAGCGUCAGGCCUUGCAGACAGACUGGCAAGUCAGACAGUUCUAUUCACAGCUAUGAAGAAGACACAAGCUCUGAAGACCUGAGGGAUAACCAGUUAUCUGAAGCCGAGGUUCGGAGGAAAGAAGUUCUUUCAAAGAUAAAAAUUAUUACCAUAUCCGAUUUGAGGAAGGAAUGGCAGGCUCGCUCUGACGUGCACGCAGAAAAACAGAAGCGCAACCCAUUUAGCGAAGAUUUCGACUACGCACACGCCAUGAAAGUCCGUCUCCAUAAGGGGGAUCGUGGUUAUGGCAGACCAGAGGAAGGUAGCAAGACUGAAGAGAGAGGGAGCAGAGCCCAUCAGCACAUCCACAAGGAAAUAGAGGAACUGUGCCUCAUUAUAAAAGAAAUGGGGGUGAAAGGUAGAGACGGAAGGAUCAGAGUGACAUUUGGAAGGCUCUUCCAGAGAUAUGUUCGAGUUUCAGAUAAAUUAGUGGGGAUGCUGCUGAGAGCAAGAAAACACGAGCGACUGGAGUUUGAGGGAGAGAUGCUAUGGCAAGGAAUGCAUGACCACAUUGUUAUCACUCUGCUGGAUUAAAUGCUUUUGUUCCAUAUAUAUUCUAUAUGAAUCGAAAUGACUCGGAAAUAUUCCUCUGCGGAAGAACUGUAAAUAGUUAUCCAUGAUGUUUUGUUAUACAUGCAGUUGUCUCCCCUUGAAUGAUAAAUUACUGUUUGAGCACAGUGUCACACCAAGACAAUACAGGAGAUCAAUUAAAAGGGACACUCUGGGCACCAUAACAACUUAAUUGGAAUGAAGUUCUUAUGGUGCAAAAAGGCUUGCCUCACAAACAGUUUAACCCCAAAGUAUUGAAUCCAGUGCCCAUCAGCUCUGCCCAGCCUUUUCCGUAACAUUCCAAGGAAUUAAUCAAUAAUUAACAAAUGGUUUAACCCCAUGAGGUAACCCAGCACCCGAGGAUCUCUUUGCACCAUAACAACUUAAUUUCUAUCAAGUUGUUAUGGUGUCCAGUGUGAUAUUUUAAGAUCUCUUUUGAUCGGAUCAUAAAAAAAUGUAGUCUACUCACUAAUCCAAGAACUGUGAAUACUUGACAAAGGAACUGCAAUUUUAAUGUCAAAAUAAUCAAACUGCUAAUAUUUGUUGCCUGACCGUCAGCCACCAUAUCAGUGAACAAAAUCUGACACCUUUUACUGGAAAUGCUGUUGGAACGUCUGCUUUUACAAGGGAUUAAAGUGGGGGGAAAGCAGCAGUAAUAUAAAAACUGCAGAGUGUUUUAUCAAAAUUACAUAGGCAUGUUCAAAGUAACUUUUUUUUGUUUUUAUAAAAGAAGCUUCAUUAUA